UUAGGUUUGUGCAUUUCCAAAUGACUACCCACGGACGCCCGCUCGCGCUCACCGAGCCAAGUAUGUUUACACAGAUAGGCCUAAUAUUUCCGAGUCGCUCAUUUGACUAGCUACCCCGAACAUGUUUCCUCAUAUUGUAACAGUAUUCAAAUACUGACUUACCCAAAAGCCGAGAGCAAAGGAGCUGAGUUGAAGCAAAGUAGUAUCACAACCUAAAGAUCAAGAGUUUGUUUGGAGGAGCGCGCUCUAUGACCUUGCUCCAGGGGAUCUGCCUGCGCUCGCCUUUCACCGGCAAGAUCACGCUUUAACCACGACUGUAUGAGCGACAUGUUUGACUCUGGGUUAUCUUUCAGAAGUGAAAACGGCAGGCUUGUAUUUCUUCUGGGCACCUCUGCUGCUUUCAGGGCAAAAGGCCCGUCGGACGUCACUCCUCCUUACAGCUGUCAUAAGGAUGUAGCCUUAAUAUUUCCUCUUGUAGGUCGGAUUGCAUUCUGGCAAGUUAUCCACAUUCACCUAUUUUACCAGUUCCCAGUGGUCUCAUGUCCAUGGCAGUUGACCUCCUACAUUCCUGUUGAUUCCCGAGGUCUCCUCUGACCUCCCAUUGCUGCCCACCGGUCCCAGCCAUGGACCCCUACCAGGAGCCACAACUGGGUUUCCAGCCCCCCCUUGACGAGGGCGCCCCAGACCUGGAAUGUGCCAUCUGCUUCAGCCAGUUCAACAAUGUCUUCCGCACUCCCAAGAUGCUCCAGUGCAAUCACACCUUCUGCCUGGAGUGCCUGGCCCGUAUGAAUGUCAAGUCAACCAAGCCGGACUCCAUCCAGUGCCCAUUGUGCCGGGGCCACACGCCGCUACCCGACCUGGGGUUGCCCAAGCUGACCACGGACCGAGCCGUGCUCUCUUACCUCCCCGCGGCCAUGCAGCGAGUCUACAGCAUCCGCUUCAACCGCAACAAGGGCAAGCUGCAGGUGAAGAGGACCACCGAUGCACCCCCCCCUCUGAACUCGCUGCGUUCUAUUAGUCACUCUCUGGAUGUGGGGCUGCCGAGCCCCGCAGGAGACAGCGGGGACGUAGAGGGGGGGCGGAGGCGGCGGCUCGGGGCACUGCUGAGACUGUGUCGUAGACCAGGAUGCAGAGCCUCCCUCCUGGUGUCAGUGGUGAUGAUGAUGGUGGUGCUUACGUGCGUCAUCAUCUUCCUCCUCGCAUAUAAACAGCUAUAACAAUAUCAUCCGACUGGAGCUAAGAAAGUGGACACUCACUGCAGUGCACCUGAUAGACCUCGGAGAGAGACGUUAUUGUUACCCAGCUUCUACCAUGUACUGUAGCAGUUUUCAGUACCUUUUUUAAAAAAAACAUUUUAUUUAUUUUUAUAAAGUGUAUCUAUUUCUUAGCAGUUGUUGGUGUGUCUGUAUGCUGAAUUUGUGUACAACUAUGAUGCACGUCGUACAAGAGGACCACAUUUCCCUCUGUGGUUUGUUGUUUAUAGACAGACGUUCAUGUGAUACAUGUCCAUAAUAUAAUAGCCCUGCUGUCCUCUCCAGGUUUCCAGCCACAGUAAACACACUCCACCUACUUCAAUGCAAAUCAAUAGCGUCUGGCUAUACAAAUACAGUUACCUUUUUUUGAGUAAGACACUGCGGUAUCACUGUCAGGGCUAGGAGAUUGGAGAUACUCUUGAGGUCACGGGUGGGGUUCAACGUGGCAAGAGGUUGAAGAUUGAAAUUUGGAAUUAGUAUGUUUGCUUAUACCAAUUACCCAUAUAUAUUUUUACUUGGUCUCUUUUUUUAAAUAUUUUUUUUUAAGGAUAAAGCCAUCUUGUUUGCAUGGAUAUUAUCCAGCUGAUAAUAGAGACGUAGAAUCAAACAGGCAGAUUAACAAAUACUGUCGGCUCACAAUUGUCACAUUUUUCUAUAGUUUACGCUUUCACACAUAUCAAGGUUUUAGGAUUGUCUUUUGUUUUUAUCAUAUUGAAAAUAAACCAUAUUUUAUGUUACAUACUUUGGCUAUACAUUUGUUAAAUGUUGCUCUGGCAAAUUAUUUGCAUUUCCUAAACUUGAAAUAAAGUCGACAUUGAUUUGG